CUUUCCUUUCUUUUUUUACGUUGAAGGGGGGACACCCGAGGUCAUCGGUCCGAGUAUCCGGUAUCGAUGACAUCAACUGCCUCCUUUCGCGUCGACCCUGACAUCCGAUUUUCACUUCUCACCAUGCAAGACGAGGUACCCAACUACGGCUCAACGUCCACGACGCUUGAAUGCGUACCAGAGGACAACAUUUUAAUCAUUGAAGAGAACGAAUUCGACGAUCCUGCGCACUACAGUCGCCAUGUCCGUCUAUACACUCUGCUCGUACCAUUAGGGACGCUGUGCUUCUUUGCACUCAGCCUCAUCCCGUUAUUUCUCCUUCCAUUACCCCAAAAUAACGAACUUUCCGAAAUGUCAUUUCCUCUACCCGAAAUCCUCACUUCGUUGGCACUCUGCUCGCUGUCGUAUCACCUCCCAGAGAGCACAAGCGUACUUUUGUGGGCCACCGUGCGCUCUGCGCUCAUUUUCAUUGCCCCCAUGUUGCUAGGUGUGCUUCACCAAGCAGAGUACCCCAUACCGACGAUUCGAGAUGCUGCAUUUGUGCGAGUCUGGGUUGUGGGGUUAGCGUGGGCAGCGACAGACGCCUUUGUGGGUAUACGGAAUGCCUACAAGUCGUUUAGACUGUAUUCGCCGUUGGAGGAGAGGGAGCAAGAGGAGGUACUGGUUAGGCAGGAAGAUGGAUCGAGCUCGGUGUCAACGUCCCUUUCCCUCCUUUCCCACCUUCGAGCGCGAGCCGAGCUCGAAGAGUCAUUAGGGGAACCAUUCCUUGAGAUUCCGCUGUUCGUGUUCUUGCUCCAGCGCAUAGGGUCCCUGUUGUUUUCGCUGGGGACGGCGCUAUUCUUGACCGCGUCUCUGUACUCGUAUGUGCCACAUCCUACAUCCGUGCUCGAGUGGUGGUGGACGUUUCCUUUGGUGAUAGUCCUGCAGACUGCGGUGCAGGUCUUUCGAAGACCACACGUGAGAGUGUAUGUCGGAAUGGUCGUCGGCUUAGGCAUGUUCUUUGCUGGGCUGGGGGUGUGGGGAGCGCUGCAAUGAGUGAGGAUACCAUGGGGAUAGUAAUACCAACACGGCCUCGAUAUUUGUGUUCAUUUAUACUUCACUUUGUUCAAACGUAUCCGAGUUUGUACAAUUGCUUCUGAAGAAAAGCUCACGCUUACGGACUGGCAAUCGCAGAAAAUGCUUUUCUGA